AUGGUUGUUCAAACUGAACUGAUACAUUUUGUUAUUUUCUUUACGAUUCCAUUCUCAUCCUUUUCAGACAUGGCUUCGGACGACAGCGACGAUGAAGUACGCGUGGCAGAUAUUUUAGACUCAAUGAACGAGGAAAUGGCAGUCGUCAUGGGCGGACUAGAAAGUGACGCGGUUUGCAGUUUUACGAAGGGUUACAUGAAACGUCAAGCAGUUUAUGCUUGCCGGACGUGCUUGAACAUAUCGACAAGUUUGGCAGGAUUUUGCUACCAGUGUUCUGUUAACUGUCAUGCAGAACAUGAUGUUGUUGAACUGUACACAAAGCGCAAUUUUCGCUGUGAUUGUGGUAACGCUAAGUUCAAUGGUUUCCGGUGUAUUCUCUGGGAGGAAAAAGACGAUGAGAAUGUUGGAAAUCAGUAUAAUUCUAACUUUUCCAACAAAUAUUGUACAUGCAAACGACCUUAUCCAGAUGAAGAUUAUGAGGGUUGCGAAGAAAUGAUUCAAUGUGGCAUAUGUGAAGACUGGUUCCAUGUGGAACAUUUAAAUAUGGGCAAUCAAUUUGUCAAACCAGAAGAAUACGAAGAAAUGACUUGUUUUCAAUGCGCCCGGAAACACGCCUUCCUUUUACUUUAUGGAAUGUAUGCUAAGGAGCAACCUUUGACGAAUAUGAUUAAUGGAGCCCUAAGUGAAUGUCAAAAUGGGAAUAACGACAUUCUGUGCAUUAAUGAAUCUGAUGCCAAACGCUCUCGGUUGGAAUCAACUUCUGAUCUGCUUAGUUCAUCUGCUUGUCGUCUUUCAAGCCUUAUUUCGGACCUUAAUUUAAAUAUCCGAGACACUUAUCAGAUACAAACGAGCGAUUUGCAUUUGAUUGAUGAAAGUAAAACACCGUCCAUAUUUUGGUCUGAGGGAUGGCGUGAUCGACUGUGCUGUUGUUCCAAAUGCAAAGUGAGUUGUAUCAUUGUAUCAUUCAUUGAAUCAAUUUUUGCCUUCGAUUGUCAAUUGUAUGUUCCCCAUUGCAUCACAGAAUGA